AUGCUACGAACAUCUACAUCGACGGGUACGGUCUCAGCCAUGGCGCUAAGGUCGCAGCUUGCUCGAAGUAGCCGGCUUCGGACGCCGACUAUGUCGUCAUCAAGCCGAUUGUUCACUUCUCAGAAGCUACGAUCACCUUCGCAAGCUCGAUUGCUACCGUCUCAGAUUCCUUCAACUACGAACUUCCAAUCGAUUAUCUCCGUUCGUCACUAUGCCAAUGGUCGCCCGCAUCCCCCGGGUGGCACACAUCGAAUGAACCUGGGAGAAGAGCCAGAGAAACCAGCACUGGAGCAGUACGGUGUCGACCUUACUGCAAGGGCCAAGGCAGGAAAGCUCGAUCCAGUUAUCGGAAGAGACGCUGAGAUCCACCGUACGAUUCAAGUCUUGUCGAGACGAACGAAGAACAAUCCCGUUCUCAUAGGCGCUGCUGGUACUGGUAAAACCGCAGUCUUGGAAGGAUUAGCACAAAGAAUCGUCAAAGGAGAUGUACCGGAAAGCAUUAAGGACAAACGUGUUGUUGCGCUAGACCUGGGCUCGCUUAUCGCGGGUGCAAAAUUCCGAGGUGACUUUGAAGAACGGUUGAAGUCCGUUCUCAAGGAAGUUGAGGAUGCUCAAGGCAGCGUUAUCCUUUUUAUCGAUGAGCUCCAUACAUUACUUGGCCUUGGAAAGGCUGAGGGCAGCAUCGAUGCUAGCAACCUUCUGAAGCCAGCGCUCUCGAGAGGCGAGCUCCAAUGCUGCGGUGCAACAACCUUGAAUGAAUACCGGAUGAUCGAAAAGGAUGUCGCUCUUGCCCGACGAUUCCAACCAAUCCAGGUUGGCGAACCCUCGGUUGCGGCUACAAUCUCCAUUCUACGUGGUAUUAAGAACAAAUACGAAGUCCAUCACGGUGUGCGUAUCACGGACGGUGCAUUAGUGGCAGCAGCAACAUACAGUAACCGUUAUAUCACGGAUCGAUUCUUGCCCGACAAGGCCAUUGACUUGGUCGACGAAGCAGCAUCAGCCCUGCGACUGCAGCAAGAGUCGAAGCCCGACGUAAUUCGGGAGUUGGACCGUGAUAUCACCACCAUCCAGAUCGAACUCGAAUCGCUCCGCAAGGAAACCGACGUUAGCAGCCGUGAAAGACGGGACAAACUGCAAGAGGAUUUGAAAGUUAAGCAAGAAGAAGCUACGAAAUUGACAGAAGUCUGGGAAACAGAAAAGGCCGAAAUCGACAAUAUCAAGAACACGAAAGAAGAGCUGGAACGUGCUCGGUUUGAACUGGAACGCACGCAGCAAGAGGGCGAUUUUGCAAAGGCAGGAGAAUUGAGGUACGCUACAAUUCCUGCUCUGGAAGCCAAGCUGCCCAAGGAGGAAGAGCAGGUCUCGGGUGCUCAAGCCGGCCUCAUCCACGAUUCUGUUACCCCUGAUGACAUUGGCAAUGUUGUAUCCCGAACCACCGGCAUCCCUGUCAACAAACUCAUGGCUGGGGAAGUUGAGAAAUUGAUUAGCAUGGAAGACACUCUUCGUCAGUCCGUUCGUGGACAGGAUGAGGCACUUUCCGCUGUUGCCAAUGCAGUUCGCAUGCAGAGAGCAGGCCUGAGCGGAGAGAACCGGCCUCUAGCGUCGUUCAUGUUCCUUGGCCCUACUGGUGUCGGAAAAACAGAGCUUUGCAAGAAGAUGGCCGAAUUUCUGUUUUCUACUGAGUCCGCUGUUGUGCGCUUCGACAUGAGUGAAUUCCAGGAGAAGCAUACGAUUAGCCGUCUGAUUGGAUCACCAGCUGGAUACGUCGGAUAUGACGAUGCUGGUCAGCUGACUGAGGCCGUGAGACGGAAGCCGUAUGCGGUACUUCUGUUUGAUGAGUUUGAGAAGGCUCACCGCGAUAUCUCCUCCCUGCUAUUACAAGUUCUCGACGAAGGCUUCCUCACAGACGCUCAGGGCCACAAGGUUGACUUCCGGAACACUCUCAUCGUCCUGACUUCCAAUCUUGGUGCCGAUAUCCUUGUCGGUGCUGAUCCUUUGCACUCUUACAAGGACUAUGGUGACGCAGAAAUCUCUCCAGAAAUCAAGAGUGCGGUCAUGGAUGUGGUGCAAACUGCGUAUCCACCAGAGUUCCUCAACCGUAUCGAUGAGUUCAUUGUCUUCAAGAGACUUUCUAAGGAGGCUCUUAGAGAUAUUGUCAACAUUAGAAUCAAGGAGUUGCAGUCGAGACUCGACGAUCGCCGGAUGGUUUUGCAGGUUGACGACGAGAUCAAAGACUGGCUCUGCGAGAAAGGCUAUGAUCCCAAAUUCGGAGCUCGUCCUCUCAACCGCUUGAUAUCCAAGGAAAUUGGAAAUAGACUUGCAGACAGGAUUAUUCGCGGACAGGUUACCAGUGGCCAAACUGCUCGUGUCACGUUUAACGAUGAUAAGACCGCACUUCAAGUCUCUGCAGAGGGUUCUGCGGAGACAUAA